GCAGAAAAUGAGAAGACGUAAGAAAACAUUUGACUCGGAGCUGCGAUCCGUGAAUCAGUGAAGCUGGAAAGAUGAGGUUCCGCGCAAAAAGAUGUGUUUUGACUCUUACUUUAUGUGUAGCAGUAUUUUUCAUGCUCAGGACUCUGCUUUUCAUCCCAGAAAUGUCACAAGAGGAAAACAGGAUGAAGGAUGAAUUAAACAACAAGCGCAGAAUGGACGGCCAUAUACCAGGGAACCCUCCUCAUGGUGAAUAUGAUGAGGAUCAUGUUGUAUUGCACAGACCUAUGGACACACCUGCUGUUGUAGGGGCAGUGUUCAGAGAUGGUGUACGUGGUGAUUACGAGCCUGUCAACUUACCAGCGAGGGAAGGACCGGGUGAGGGCGGGGCAGCAGUCAGAACUCAACCAUCAGAGAAGGCAAAGGUGGAUAGGCUCAUCCAGGAGUAUGGUUUCAACCAGUAUGUCAGCGAUCAGAUCUCAUUGGAUAGAAACAUUGCAGACCUCAGAAGCCAACAAUGCAAGCACUGGCAUUAUCCGGAGACAUUACCCACUACCAGUGUAAUAAUAGUAUUUCACAAUGAGGGUUGGUCAACACUUCUCCGCACAGUCCACAGCGUGUUCAAUCGAUCACCGUCCCAGCUGUUACAUGAAAUAAUCCUGGUUGAUGAUUUCAGCACAAAAGAACACUUGAAAGAGCGUCUCGAGGACUACGUCCAAGAAGCCAGGUUUAAUGGUAAACUGAAGCUGGUGAGAAAUUCAAGGAGAGAGGGUCUGAUCAGGACCAGGAUCAUAGGAGCACGCCACUCUACAGGAGAUGUGCUGCUGUGGCUCGAUGCUCACUGUGAGGUUGGCGUCAACUGGCUGCCGCCGCUACUUACUCCCAUUGCUGUUAAUAGGACCACUGCAGUAUGUCCCAUCAUUGAUGUGAUAGACAAUAUGGAUUAUAGGGUGUACCCUCAGGGUACUGGAGAUCAGGAUAGGGGUGGCUUUGACUGGAGUCUCUACUGGAAGCACCUUCCUGUGCCCCAGUUUGAGAAGAGCAGGAGACAGCAUGCCUCAGAACCAUAUAGGUCACCAGCAAUGGCAGGGGGGCUCUUUGCCAUGGACAGAAAAUAUUUCUUUGAACUAGGUGCUUAUGAUGAAGGACUUGAAAUCUGGGGUGGAGAAAACUUUGAACUUUCUUUUAAAAUUUGGAUGUGUGGAGGCUCAUUGCUAUGGGUGCCGUGUUCCAGAGUUGGUCAUGUUUACAGAAUACUAGGGAAAGUCCCCUAUUCAGCUCCGAAUGGAAGCAUGCUUAUUCUCAGUGAAAGGAAUUUACGGCGUGUUGUGGAGGUGUGGUUCGACGACUACAAAGAGUAUUUCUACCGCAGCAAGCCAGAGUCUCUUCUUGUCUCGACUGGAAAUAUAGAGAAGCAGCUUGCAUUCAGAGAAAAGUUUCAUUGCAAGUCUUUUGGCUGGUUUAUGAAAGAGAUUGCACCCGAUAUCAUAGAGAAAUACCCUCUGCCACAUGCUAAUAAAUACUGGGGAGAGAUUCGAACAAAAAAGGGGUCGCUCUGUGUAGACUCCAUGGGGUCUAAAGAUGGCGGGCGUGUAGGGAUGUCAUACUGUCACGGGGCGGGAGGUAACCAGCUGUUCCGAGUGACAGAGAAUGGGCAGCUGCGCAUCCAUGACCAGUGUGCCUAUGAUCAUUACAAGGAAGUCAGGUUAAGGAGGUGCGGCGGCUCAGGAGGCGGAUGGUCCUUUGAUGAGGCAACAGGUCUUUUACAUCAUGCAGGCACGAGCCAGUGUUUGGAACACAAAGCAGGGGUUAACGAGAUUAUAUUGACCAAAUGUGCAUCUAUAAAACCAAGUCAGUUGUGGGAGAUUAGCAGUAAACAUCUCAAGCACCAUUAACCAAUGGCAUCCCAUAGACUGAUCUUUUAUACAAGACCUUUAACCCUUUAUAUAAAGUGAUAUACCACUUAUGUCCAUUGGUGGAGAGAACCCUUUGUAAAGGCGUGUUUACAUAUGUCGCUAUAAACCUUGAUGGUUUACCAUAGGUUUUCAAAGCGUACUUCGCUUCAUAUUUUUGUAUUGUAUACAGACAUUUGAGUACCAAUAGAACGUUUGCUGCACACACUUACGUUUUUCAUUGCCACAUUGCCAUUCAUUUAGUACACAAAUAAUGUGGCGCUUUGCCUAGGUGUAUAUGAACCAGCCUCAAAUCUAAAAUGUAUGACAUCCUAUUGCAAUUAAAAUAGAUUAACACUAAUUUCGAUGGAAUGUCUGGGAAGUUGGAGAAAUGACAGCUUUUGAUCAGAACCUUCAACCUUCUGCUAGUGGGGAAUUGUUUCUGGGAUAUGUCAAGAACAUACCCAAGGCACCAUUAACUCUAAAGCCUUGCAGAUGCUGUCCAUGAUGGUCCUGUUUGAAAAAUGGUUGACUGUAUUAACACAAAAAUAACCAAAGUGUUUAGAUAAUGAUGAUUUAUCAAGGGGAACAAAACAAGGUGAAAUAUUUCUCUUAAAAUAUUGAAUUUUAUAGAUAAUCAUGGCCAAUGGUGGCAGAGAAAAAUGGCCAAACUUUAUGACCAGAUCGGCAACAUUUUGUGAUUUAUUAGAAUCCUGUAAAUAAAAAGCAUCUCGUCCAAUGCCAAAAAUUCUGUUUUAUUUUCAACUCAAAUUUAGCUUUUCAUUAAAAAAGAAAGAUAAUUGAAGCAGUGUUGUAGGUUAUUCAUUGUAUGUUUAUUUCUUAUCCAUAGUAUAUAGUGUGAUUUAGCACCAUAUAGUGAAUUUAUUAAAAAGCCUUCAUUAUCUUGUUUUUUGAUUUAUUGCUUGAAUGAUAUUAUGAACCAUGUGAACCAUAUGAAAGUGCAAUAUCUAUAUUGAAGAUUCAUUUUUUUAGAUGAAUAAGUAGAUUUUAAGUUAUACAUGUAUUUUUGUUACUUGUGAAAGCCUAAUAUCUUGUGUAUUCAAUGUAUGCUUUUUCACAAGUAUAGAGCUUGGAAAUCAUGUUUUGCUCAUAUGAUGUGUAAUGAAAUGUAGUAUUUUUUAUGUGUUAUGUCAUCUAAAAGCCUGAAUUUUAGACAUUUUAGAAAUUAUUAGAGCCAGAGUCUGAGCUUUAAUCUAUAUCGCAAUUAUGAUUUUGUUUUUGUAAAAUAAUAUUGCAUUCUGAAAAUUUGAUUUAAAUUGAAUAGCCUGUAUUGGAAGAUAAAUACUCAUAACCUUUGCUAGAUUCCAAGCUGGGACUUGUAAAAUUAAUUAUAUAGUUUUUAUCUUUAAAAGAAACACAUAACAUUGUGAAUUUGUUUAUUAAAUCUUAUAAAUCUGUCUGCAAUUACUAAAGAGAGUCCAAAGAUAUUUAAUCUUACUCAAGAGGAUCUUGAGUUGAUCAUGGGUAUGCAUUUGAGUAAAUAUAUAAAACUCUUGCCAAAAAUGGUAUAUAUAUAUAUUUGCCAUAGUUGUGCUCAACAUUGGUUGGUAAUUUUGUUUGAUCUAGUUGUUAAUACCAGUCGUGACUUUUUUCAACAAAAAAUUUACCACUGAUUUUAAAUGGCAACAGAGAGAAUAUGUUUUGACCAAGGAGGUAUUAGGCUCUCCAUGGUAUGACAGGGAAAUUGCUGUAUAGCAUUUAAUUAUAUUUCGAAGUAAGUUGUUGAAAAACAAUGGUGUAUUGAAAGCUCCAAAGCAGUAUUUCAAUAUUUGACUUUCUUAUGAAUUGACUUUCCCUUUUCUGCUUAGCAAUUGUGUAAUGAAUCAAUUUAUGACACAUCCCUAGCUGUUUAGUCUCGCCUCUCCUGCUUGUAACUUAGUUCUGUUGCGCAAUUUAAAUAUGCCUUUAAUGUGAAAGUGUUAAUUUACAUCAUAGAGUGCUCUUAUAUAUGCGUGGUCUUUAUAUUCUAUUGAGAUAUGUAAAUAUUAAUCACAAAGUAUUAAUCAGUCGAGCGAAAUUAUAUAACAGUUUUUUUCUAAUCAUCAUCUUGAACUUGCUAUUGUUUAUCCGACUGCAGAGCUGCAUACUGGCUGUAUGUCAUUUACUAUAUUUUUGUAAUGCUUAUGCUUUUUCCCCAAAGUGAACAAGAGUGGAUGUAGAUUUUAAAGAAGUUUGUACUAUUUGGGAACAUGCGUUUCUCUUCAGGAAACAUGUAAUAUCAUUUUAUUAUUUGUUGCAAACUUGCAAUAAUCAUUUAAACAUGGUUUCUGUUUCUAUAGAAAUAUGAUUUUAUGGGAAAACUAUUAGGUAUGUGAAUAAAUACCAAACUUUUUUCAUCCAUGAGGGUAUCAAUUUGCGAAAAAUUGUCUAAUAGGUUAUCUAAUACUUUGACUUUCUUCAAUUUCCAUUUUUUGAGUUUACAUGUAUUGUCUUCCUGCAACUUUUAACUGUAAUACCUCGGUCACACCGACGAGAACAGACCGACAACUCAUCAAACAAGAAUUCCUCAAAUGCCAAGAAUUCAUCUGUUUGGAGUUUGUUUGGCAGUGUGAGUGACAGAGGUAUAAAUUAAUAAU